AUGGCAUAUCCUUACCCCUACUCCCAGGCGACGCAGCAUGAUUCGAGGAUCAAGAUUCCACGACCAGGAAUCGAUCCCACCCUAGCUCCUAUCAUUGAUUCAUUCAUGGUCCCUGAAGCAUUAGAUCUAUGCCUGAUGCGUGGGACAUCUGGCGGAGACGACCCAGACUUUGUCUACAAUGCCACCACCAUCCUUAAAAGCGCACCACACCUCCAGCAUACAGAGUAUUCCAUCCAAGGCCCCGAUGGCAACCUCGUUAUUUUGUCAGUCUUUGCCAGAAAUGAACCCAUCCAGGCUGCACUGCCCGCCCUGUACCACAUUCAUGGCGGUGGCAUGAUCGCCGGUGACCGUUUCACAGCCCUCCCUGAAUUACUGGAUCUUCUCACAGACACCGAAUGUGUCGUCGUGUCAGUCGAGUAUCGCCUGGCUCCCGAGACACGCGCCCCGGGUCCGGCGGAAGAUUGCUACACAGGCCUCGUGUGGAUGUCUGACAAUGCAGUCCAGUUGGGAAUUGAUCCAGCCCGGAUUGUCAUCUGGGGCAUGUCGGGUGGUGCAACCUUGGCAGCGGCCACAUGUCUAAUGGCCCGGGACAGAAAAUCUCCGAGGAUUCCCAUCAUGGGCCAGAUGCUGGUGUCGCCUAUGCUCGACGAUCGAUGCAACAGUGUGUCAGAUCAGCAGUUUGAAUACGGCAGCCCGUGGUGCGGGGUCUCGAAUCGCAUGGCGUGGACUCAUGUCCUCGGCGAGGACCGUGGAACCGACAAGGUUUCACCGUAUCAGUCGCCGCCCCGUGCUGACGAUCUGUCAAACCUUCCUGCAACUUACAUUGAUGCGGCUGAGUGUGAGGUCUUUCGCGAUCAGGCUGUCAUGUACGCCAUGGCAAUGUGGCGUUGUGGUUCCACCUGCGAGUUGCAUAUUUGGCCAGGUGCCUUUCAUUUGUUUGACGGUAGGGAUGAUCCUGCAGUGCCUCUGAUUCAUGCGGCGGUGGGAGCGAAGCGUGAUUGGCUUCGUAGGGUUAUGCAGCCUACGGGAUAGAGUUGG